UCAAAUAAAACUAUUCUAAGUGGUAAUUACAGUCUUCUCCUUCACCCUUCAAAACUCAAAACUCAAAACUCUUCUCUCUGCCUUUGAAGGAAGGAAAAUCGGCUUAUCGGCCGAUUGAUUUUUGAAAACACUUUUAUGAAUUCAAAAACACACAUUUUCCAAAAGCAAAUUCGAAUCCCAAUCUGAUUUCCACGGCGCACUUCUCCACUGCUCCGGUGGGUUUAUGAAUUGGAGGGAAAUAUGGGGUUGUCAUCUACUGCUACUACUACUGCUGAAGGGGUACAGUUUUGCAUAUUUGAUUUGAGGAGAGGACAGCAAGAAGGGCAGGAGCUGGACAAGAUAUUGUUCUUUUAUCCGCCUGAUUUGCCCUUUUCUACCCAGCUUUCUGUGAUUGGUCUUAGUGAAGGACUCAUCACCUUUACCAGAAUCUUCUCUCCAGAGGCUGCAUGUGAAGACAUAGAAGCAGAGAGGCACUCCCAUGUGUUUUUUGAGGCUGAGCCUGACAUAUGGAUGGUUAUGGUGGUGGAGAAAAGCAAAGAGUCUGAAGCUAUUUGGCGGACUGAUGCAUUAAGAAAAGUUCUUAUGGAAGUCCAUUCUCUUUUUGUGAUGUUUCACGGAUCUAUAAGAACAUUGCUUGAUAAGGGGCCUGGUGGAGAAGCAGCUCGAUCUUAUUUGUAUCCAUUUAUCAAGGAUUAUUUAAGUGCAUAUGAAAAGCGGUCUCCAUUGGAUGGGUGCUGCUGGGAUUUUCUUGGAGGGAAGAAACUUCAAUUACCAUCGUUCCGUGACUGUUUGAAAGAGCGAGGGACUGUACAAAUGUUAACUGUGAGCCGGGAGGCUGCACUGGAAGUUCAGUCACUUGUCAAGGUAAUUGAAUCUAGCAUUGGAAGCACGCUAUGCCACUCGUUGAUUUUCUUUCAGGAUCUGCUGGUUUCUACAUCACUUUCUUCUGAAGAUACAGUAAACUUAUUUACGUAUGCUGUUUUAAGGAUGACCCCACGUGCUUUAUCCGCUGGAGUAAGUUCAUGGUCCUAUUUAGGGAAGGGAACUUCACCUCACCUGUCCAGUGCUUUUAUGAUGGCCCACACUGGUCCUUUUCCAGAACAAGUAUAUGUCUCUCAUAACACCACUCCGGCUCCUGCAGGAGAUAAUGGCCAUAGGGUUAUACGGCCCUUAUGUCAUGACAAGUGGUCAAAAGGGAAGGACGGUUUUCUUGUUACUGAUAUUUGGGGCAUGGAGGCUGGCAGUACAACUCCUGCUACUCCAACAGUAUUGCUUCAUCAAACAGAGGAGAGAAUGUAUUUAUGUUCACAUCAGCAUAAAAACCUUACUGUUAUGUUUCUUCUUCCCGUGUCUUCCAUCCCAAAUGGAGAGCAAGGUAUUUCAGUGGUGAAGCAGCAACUUCUUGAAAAUGCUUUGGUAAAGAUAGUAAAAGUUGAAGAAAAACUAUCAAAAGGUUGGGGUGGUGAGAAUGCAUAUCAUGUUGGCGGAUACCGUUAUUUAUUGUUGGAUGGCGAUAGAAACGUAUCAAGGGCUUCUCCUCCCGGAAAAGUUACCACAUUAACAAAGGAAUCUUUACUUGCUUUGAAUAAGCUUAGAGAAGAGGUUGAUUUGGAAAAAUCAAGAUCAAAAUGGGAUAAAUCUGGCCAUGAAAAAGAAUUGGAAAUUAGCAUCAGAGCAAGAAACAGUGCUUGGGUUAUUGCCAGGGUUACAAGAGGUAAGGAGCUAUAUAUGGUACUGGAGAAAGCUAGUGAAACACUUCUUUAUGCUUCUGAUGCUGUUGAGAAGUUCAGCAACAGAUAUUGCAAUGGAGUUUUUUCGUUGGAUUAGGGAGAGCAUAUUCUUUUGUGCCCAGUUGUAAUUUAUUUCCUUCUUUUGUUGAUAUGAAAUAUGAAUAAAUAAUUAAUGUAACAAAUCUUUAAUUUGGAAACAAAAAGAAAGAAAAAAAAAACAGAAAAA